GCAGUCCAUGAUUCUAUGGCUGCUUGCACUUUUCCUUGUCCUCUCUCCUUCAGCACUUCGAAAGGCGUUAGCAUACUCCGUCUCGCUCAGAAGUCAGCAGGUCCCAGUAGCCAGCAUCCCGUGCCUUUUGUUUCCGUCGGAUCUCGAUUUCCAGGUCGUAGAGGCGUUGCGGUUUCCUGCAGUGCGGACAAGAUGACUCAGACGGUUCACCUGAAGGUUGCGAUGCCGUGUGGUGGCUGCUCUGCUGCUGUGAAGCGCGUUCUGGAAAAGAUGGAAGGCGUGCAGUCAUUUGACAUCAGCCUAGAGAAGCAGAAGGUGACUGUUGUGGGUGACGUGAAACCACAGGAUGUCUUUGACAAGGUGGCCAAGACAGGCAAGGCUACCAGCUGGUGGCAAGACUAGCAAGCAACAUGUACCGCCACAUUUGUUCUUGCGUAGGGCUGUUGUGUAGAAAGUGAAAUAAAUCGUCUGAUGUUGUAAGAGACUAAGUAUAAAACUAUAAAUGCGAACACUUGGC